UCUUUUCCUACAAUCAGCUGAAUCUUCUCAAUAAGAUGAGUUCCAACUUGUAAUAACCUACCAUUUGACAAACACAGGCCGGAAUUACAUACAUAAAUCAAAACUCAAUCUCUCUCUCUCUCUGAAUAUAUAUACAUACACAUACAACGAUCUUCUAGUCUGUGAUCGCAGCAGCACCUUCAAGUGGUCAAUUGGGAUGGAUUUUGGGGAGCUGUGGGCGAUCUUCGGACCAGCCGUUGCAGGUGCGGUCUUCGGCGCCGGUUGGUGGUUUUGGGUCGACGCCGUCGUUUGCAGCUCCGUCACCGUCUCCUUCCUCCACUAUCUCCCUGGCAUUUUUGCUUCUUUGGCGGCUUUGAUGUUCAAUUGCGUAAGAAGGGAGGAUAUUGACUACUCUCCCUACGAAGAAGGCGAGUGGAGGUUGAAGCUUUGGCUUUUCCUUGCUUAUGUUGUAUCAUUCGUCUCUCUAGCGGCUUCGGUUGGGCUAUUGAUACAAGAUGCACUAACCGAUACUGGCCCCUCUUCUUGGACAGGAACAGCAGGUGUUUUGCAGUGUGUGUGUGUGUUGAUCAGUGGGUUGAUUUAUUGGACUUCUCAUGCGGACUAAUUAAGCUGGGGUGAACUAGAGGGUCACUGUUGCAGAAGAAAUAGGUUUCUCGCGUCACCUAUUUUGGAUUGAGUGUAUUACAUGUGCUGUAAAUAAGUUCAACUGCUCACCAUUUGAAGUAAAUGCCGUUUUCCUUUCGGAUAAAAGAUGAUCAUUCUGAUUUUGGUUC